UCGUGGCAAUGAUGAAGUGAUGGCAAGGGGAACUUUUGCCAACAUCCGGCUUGUUAACAAGCUAUUAAAUGGGGAAGUAGGCGCAAAGACAGUUCACAUUCCCACAGGGGAGAAACUCUAUGUCUUUGAUGCUGCAAUGAGGUACAAGGCUGCUGGGCAGGAAACUAUUAUCUUGGCUGGAGCAGAGUAUGGAAGUGGAAGCUCUCGAGACUGGGCUGCCAAGGGCCCAAUGUUAUUGGGAGUUAAAGCGGUGAUCUCAAAAAGCUUUGAAAGGAUUCAUCGCAGUAAUUUGGUAGGAAUGGGUAUUAUUCCACUUUGUUUCAAGUCCGGUGAGGAUGCGGACACACUAGGAUUGACGGGUCAUGAGCGAUAUACCAUUGACCUCCCAAGCAAAAUUAGUGAGAUCCGGCCUGGCCAAGAUGUCACCGUCAACACCGACUCUGGAAAAUCUUUCACUUGCACCGCCCGCUUUGACACCGAGGUGGAGUUGGCUUAUUUCAAUAAUGGUGGCAUUCUUCCAUACGUUAUUCGCCAGCUGAUUACACAGUGAGUGGCUCGGGCCUCAUUCCAUUUGAGCUUUUCAAAUUGUAAAACUUGAAAGGAGAAUAAAAGUUUCCACAAUAUUAAUACCCCUUGUAAGGGACAGGAAUAUUGAGAUUUCUUUCCUCGCAACAAACGGAACAACAAUUUUUUGUAAUAAGGUUCUUUCACUUCACCGAUGAUUACCUGCUUUACUAUGUGACUUUUUAUCCUUGGACAGCUGAAGAUUUAUCCCAUGAGCGAGUAAAAAUGCGACAUUAUUAUUUUCGCAUAUAAGGUAGCGGAUGGUGGGUGUUUAAAGUAAGAAAAUUCUCAGUCUUAAUUGUUAUUCUUUGUACUUAUGUUUGUAGGCUUACAUAAAAUGUUAAACAUAGACGUGUUUAGCUUAGAAUCUGUUUAUUCAAUUGUGAAAUUCUGUUUCCUAAGUUUUAAUUAUGUUGUAAAUCAAAUCUUCUGUGAGCUGUGAAAAUGAGGAUCAAACUGUUU